CGUUUCCCAUCGUUUUUAUAACCUGAAAAACGAACGGACCCAAAUUGUGCAUCGAAAUAAUGAAGUUACGUCCGUGAUUCAAUAACGCAUACUAUAGGGCGGGCAAAAACGUUUGACCGGUAGUGUACAUGUACAUACAAUCUUAUAGAAGCGGGAAAUUUAAUUAUGUCUUUAUAAAUAAACGUUAAUAAAAACCUUAAACGCGCUUAAAUUGAAAUUAGUGUCUAAUUUAAGUCUAUAAAAACUUUUAUUUCUUACCGUUACAUUUGGAUAUUAAUGACAUACCUCAAACAUCAUCAAAUAGAUGUUGUGAGUCGUUAGCAGUUGAUAUAUAAAAGGAACUGCUUCAUGUAACAGUUUGUCAUUUGAUUAUAUUGAUCGAGUGGGGAACGAGAUGGGGAUUUCGAUUUUGUUAGGUUGUACUGUAUUUUUGUUUUGCGUAUUUGCGGAGGGAAGUGCUCGAUUUAAUAAUUACACAGAAGAAGAUUACAAAAAAAGUUUUCCUAAUAACGAAGAUCAAGGGACGCUGAAGUUAAUUAACGUGAUGUUUCGACAUGGAAACAGAACUAUAAAUGGCAUAGAUGAGUCAUAUCCAAACGAUCCUUACUUAAAUAUGACUUAUUUCCCUUAUGGACUUGGACAACUUACGAACGCUGGCAAGGUGAAAGAAUAUUUCAUGGGUGCCGAUCUUCGUAAUAGAUACGACGAUUUUUUGGGAAAAUACUACUAUCCCGAGUUAGUCGAAGCGAUUAGCACUAACGUCAACAGAACAAAGAUGUCGCUUUUGUUAGUUUUAGCAGGAUUGUUUCCGCCAAGAAAGGAGGAUGCAGUUUUGGGAAUGUCUUGGCAACCUAUCCCCUACAAUUUCCUACCAAUCGAACGAGAUCCAGUUCUUAACGGUGUCAAAUGCCCUGAAUAUAUCGAGGAAUAUGCGAAACAUGUUCAACAAUUGUUGGAUCGAAAUAAGUUUAAGAAAUACGAAAAAUUGUUUGAUUAUAUAUCGCAGCAUAGCGGUUUGAAUAUUACGACGAUUCGGCAAAUAUAUAAUCUUCAAUUUGGUCUGGCGACUGAACGGGAAUUCGGUCUGGAAUUACCGGAAUGGACGAAUAAGGUGUAUCCGGAACCCAUGACGAAUGUGGCUACCGAAGAUUAUUACAUAGCUAUGGGUACACCCAUUUUGAAGAGACUGGCUAUUGGUUAUUUUUUAAAGAAAUUGAUAAACGAUGCUAACGAUAAUAUCGACGAUGACACGAAACUAAAAACGAAAAUUCACUUGUAUUCUGGUCACGAGAGUACCGUGGCGCGUCUGUUGAUAGCUUUGGGUAUAUUCGAGAAGCAUAUACCUUCGUAUGGGUCUCACGUCAUUUUAGAAUUGCACGAAAUCGAAGGUGUUUACGGUUUCAAAGUUUUUUAUCAAGGGUGGGAUGGUAGGGGAUUACGUUUAAUGCAAAUACCCGGAUGUGAAGAAUUUUGUCCUCUGGAUGCGUUUACCGCGUUAAUGCAAGAUUUUCUACCUCUGGAUGAUGACGUAUGCUCCGAUUGAUAACCAGUGAUGCCAGCUUGGCGGUUUUUUCCCUAAAUUUGGGGAGAAUAAUUUAAAUAAGGGGAUUUUUCCGGGCAGUGGGUGAAAAUAAAUAAUUUUAUACAUCGGAAUUUAUUAGAGCUUCCAGAAACAUGAAAUUGAUGCGUUAAUGAAAGAUUUUCUACCUCUGGAUGAUGACGUAUGCUCCGAUUGAUAACCAGUGAUGCCAGCUUGGCGGUUUUUUCCCUAAAUUUGGGGAGAACAAUUUAAAUAAGGGGAUUUUUUCGGGAAGUGGGUGAUAAUAAAUAGUUUUGUUGAUCGGAAUUUAUUAGAGCUUCCAGAAACAUAGAAUGGAUGCUUUUAUGCAAGAUUUUCAACCUCUGGAUGAUGACGUAUGUUCAGAUUGAUAACCAGUGAUGCCAGCUUGGCGGUUUUUCCCUAAAUUCAGGGAGAAUAAUUUAAAUAGGGGGAUUUUUUUCGGGAAGUGGGUGAAAAUAAAUAAUUUUGUUGAUCGGAAUUUAUUAGAGCUUCCAGAAACAUAGAAUGGAUGCUUUUAUGCAAGAUUUUCUACCUCUGGAUGAUGACGUAUGUUCAGAUUGAUAACCAGUGAUGCCAGCUUGGCGGUUUUUCCCUAAAUUCAGGGAGAAUAAUUUAAAUAGGGGGAUUUUUUUCGGGAAGUGGGUGAAAAUAAAUAAUUUUGUUGAUCGGAAUUUAUUAGAGCUUCCAGAAACAUAGAAUGGAUGCUUUUAUGCAAGAUUUUCUACCUCUGGAUGAUGACGUAUGUUCAGAUUAAUAACCAGUGAUGCCAGCUUGGCGGUUUUUUCCCUAAAUUUGGGGAGAACAAUUUAAAUAAGGGGAUUUUUUCGGGAAGUGGGUGAUAAUAAAUAGUUUUGUUGAUCGGAAUUUAUUAGAGCUUCCAGAAACAUAGAAUGGAUGCUUUUAUGCAAGAUUUUCUACCUCUGGAUGAUGACGUAUGUUCAGAUUGAUAACCAGUGAUGCCAGCUUGGCGGUUUUUCCCUAAAUUCAGGGAGAAUAAUUUAAAUAGGGGGAUUUUUUUCGGGAAGUGGGUGAAAAUAAAUAAUUUUGUUGAUCGGAAUUUAUUAGAGCUUCCAGAAACAUAGAAUGGAUGCUUUUAUGCAAGAUUUUCAACCUCUGGAUGAUGACGUAUGUUCAGAUUGAUAACCAGUGAUGCCAGCUUGGCGGUUUUUUCCCUACAUUUGGGGAGAACAAUUCAAAUAAGGGGAUUUUUUCGGGAAGUGGGUGAAAAUAAAUAAUUUUGUUGAUCGGAAUUUAUUAGGGCCUCCAGAAAAUUUAAAAUUUGGAAGUUUUGGAAUCCUAAUGAAAAGUAGAUUGUCGCCCUCUAUCUUUCGUUUCGUCAGUUUGGUGAUAUUAUGUUUAAAUUUCAGAAGUAAACAAUUUUUUAUCGGUGAAUGCUUUCUUUGUAUAUUUAUAACUAAACUUAACUAACAUCGUCAAAAAAACUUAAGGUAUCUUAGUGCGAAUUUAGGGGAUUCUGAAAUACGCUUGGGGGAAAAAUAUCAACCGGUUGGCAUCACCGUUGAUAACCAAGAUCGACGAUCAGUCGAUCUGCUGGAUUGACAGUUUGAGAGUUUGACAGUUUGACAGAUUUGACAGUUUGGAGAUUCUGUAGUAACUUCCAUUUAACAAAUGUGUUAACAGUUUAACAGUAUCCUGUUAGAACUAGUUUCAGUACAAGAUUUUUUGUCUUUCUGAGUCAUUCCAAUUGUCAAUCUUCUAUAGAUUCGAGUAUUGUGUCGAUGUCGAUUCAUUAAAGAGAUUGUGGUUCAUAGAAAGUUGUCUAGACGCUAUUCUCUACUAGUUAUCAGGAAUGUAAUUUUUUUUCUCUCUAAAGUAUCCAAGUAAUACCUACACACAUAUCGGAGCUGGUUACACUGCUGAUGCUGGACAUAUUUUCUUUGUUUCUGUUAUAAAUAUGGAGGUUGUAGCCUUUAAAUUUUUGAAAAUGUUUUCUCUAGUUGUACGUAGGUUCAGGUAAUAUAAAAUAAGUCGCUAAUUUGUAAAAAAAUAUUCUGUACUUUUUGUAUAUUAAUAGAAAUAUAAUUUUAUGACAAAUUUAUUGUCGUUAUUAAACAAUAAAUAAAAGAAACUUCAUAUUUAAUAGUA